UGCAGUUAACUCGUUACACAAAUUUGAUAAAAUAAAUACGUUUUACAAGAUUAGGAAAUUGAAAAAUAAUCAUAAUGACCUUUAAUCCUGUUAUUCCAGAUUUUGUGGAGCGUAAAGGCUCGCUGUUUUUACGCUCAGAUCACAUGGAUUACAGUCGUCCAACUCUUAACUCAAAUUGGCACCAAGCUCGGGAAGCUGAACCUAAAGACUAUGACAUCGGCAGUGAGACAAAGAAGAAAAAUCUUCACCAAACGACAUACAAGAGAAUCGGAAAUAUUACAGAUGGAUCCUUUCCGUUGACCACAACACAGUACUCGAUGCAACAGAUCCACCUCAAGAAAGACUUUGACGAGAAAGAAACGAGAAAAUCAAUGGUCAACAUCGACACGUAUCCAAACGUAGAUAUAGACAGAGACACGGGUCACCCGAAGAGUGGUUACAGAGCUGUGUUAGCCAGGCAUCAUCCCGAGCACGAUAAGAGACAUCUAGAGACCACAAACAGAGCCGAUUAUAAACCACCCUUCCCUUAUACACCUGUUCCUGAGCAACCCCCAGAUUUUGCCGAUAACUCCAACGUCUUCAGACACUGUCAUAGUCAGUUUACCGACGGGGCAGACUAUCGGCGGUUUGGACGCAACACUUGGCAGGACGAAGGGGGGCAAUACGCCAACUCCCAACUGAAAAGAGAUCACUUCAAACCUACCAACACAAUACCCCAAGUACUGGAGUAAAAAAUAAAUUACAAUCUGAGUGGAUCCUGUUUUUAAGAAAUUUCUUGCAAUAAGUUAUGAAGGUCAAUGGUACAAACGGAGAUAAUUAACAUUCUAAAGGCCCUGGGACGGACACAAUUGGUAAUUACUCAAAAUAAUUGUUAGCAUAAAAACUUACUUUGGUAAUGAGCAAUGGAGAGAUG